AUAUUAGGAAAAAGGAUUCAAGUGAUUGCGUGCCGUGGAAUGAUGCCAAACAGCUGCCCCAUCUAUACGACAAGAACGGUGGUAUGAGUGUUGCGUGUGUAGCAACCUUUAUAUGUACGUUGCAGUGGCUCUAUUCAUGAAAGAUGGAAGCACUGUUGGAGCAAUACUAAUAAAAACAUUCAUUCGUGCAUAAAUACGCACAAAAACUAGCAAUCGGUAUCGCUUCUCGGCCCUAUGGCUAAGAUCAAAGUGUACAGGCUGGUCAAGGCCAUCCCGGCCAGGAUGGGGGUGAUCCACGUAAACAAGCGGGUUCCCGGUUCUGAUUCCGCACUGAGACCUGAUAUCGUGGUGGUGGAUGAGACCAGGAGCAGGCUCACGGUGGUCGACGUCGCGAUCCCCUUUGAGGGAGGGCCUUUGGCGCUCGAGAGAGCCAGAGACGCGAAGCUCGCGAAAUAUGCCGCCCUUGCUGAGGAGAUGAGAGCGAAGGGGUGGGAGACCACGGUUGACGCCUUGAUCGUGGGUGCCCUGGGAUCGUGGGACCAGGCGAACGAACCGGUGUUGAAGAGGUGCGCGGUUUCGCCGCGCUACGCAACCUUGAUGCGCCGCCUGAUGUGCAGUGAUACCAUCAGGUGGUCCCGAGACAUCUACGUGGAGCACGUUUCCGGUGUCAGGCAGUACAGCCAGUCUGGCAUGAGCGGCACCGACGAUUCGACUCUAUCUUCACCCGUAUCGUGACUUUUUAUAUGUAUGUAUUUCUUUUGUCAAUAUAUAAUAAGCUGAGAAGCGAUUGUAUGUGUGUACAUUUGUCAUAUCUUAGACGUCCCCUAUUGGGAUAUUGUAAAUAUUUUAAUUAUUUUACUGUCUCGAUGUAUGACAUGCUUUUUGUAAAACUAUUUUCUGAAUAAAGUUUUCAAUCUGUUCUUAUCAGCUUAAUAUCUGAUACGCCCCGCAUGCGGGGCCAGUAUAUUAAACUGAUUUUUGGAAAUUGACGGCGGUUAGGGGCUUGCUCCACCGCCGUCGCGGGUUGGCCCGGUAUUGCAGUACCUCCGGGAUCGACCCACUUUA